UGUGUAUAUAAAAUCUACAUUUAAUGUAGAUUCAGUGCUUAUUUUAAAAUAAUGCAUCUUGUGUGAGUGUGUAUAGUAUCUAUAGUUAAUGUCGAAUUCAUGUCUCUGUAGUGUGUAUCUUCUGGAAUGUAAAUAUUGUGUAUAUCUGAAUCAGAAACAUAAUGUAUUCACAAUUUAUUUGUAGCAAUACAUUGUUCUUUAUUGUAACUUUGUUUAUUGCGCAACUAAUUUGCAUUAAUUUGGGCUAUUUUGAAUUUUAUUUCACUUCAUGCCAACCAAAUGUCCCCUUUAAUUCUGAAAGUCCGCCCACCGGAAAUCAUCCGGUUGCUAUUGCUAACGUAAAUCUGCAGCGAACCAAACGCCACAUUUAGCUUCAAAUUCGACCCGAAACGUGUAAUUUUUGGAGAAAAGCCGCCUGGAUUCGUGUGGAUCGAGCGGGUCGGCUUCGUGUUUGCGGUCGGUGUUUUUAAAAAUCGACGCAGCGAGGCCGCGGUUGGACUUGGAAGUUGUUGGCGGUGUAACGAGGAUUUGUGUUGACCCGUGGAAAGAUGUGCUAAAAGGAGGGAGAGAUGCCGUCUUUUAACUUUCUGGAUAAUUUGGAGAAUUAUCUGCUGACAGGAAAAUAUCCUCCAAAUGCUACUAAAAGUGUGAGAAAGGUUACCCGAGCUGCCAGUAAGAACUUCAUCCACAAAGGAGGCGUCCUCUGGCGGAGCUAUCGAGGGCGUCUCCUCCGUGUCGUCAGGAGCGAUGAAGAAAUCCGCGAGGUCCUGACGCGUUACCAUGACGAAAACAACCAUGCCGGCCGGGUUCGGGCGGUGAAGGAGAUCAUGCUCAUGUAUUACUGGGUGGGAGUGACGGAGGCUGUGAAGAACUGGAUCCAGGCCUGCGAGGUAUGUCGGAACCGGGCGCCCAUGGAGCCGCCCGCCCAGCCCGUCCUGUACUGCCUGGUUUACGGCUGCGACGCGUCCAGCUACUCCUGCCCCGAGCUCACCUUCCACAGGUUUCCCAAGGACCUGGAGCGGCGUGCAAAGUGGUUGGCUCUGGCUCAGAGGGACGAGGGCUCGCUGCGCCUCAACUCCUACAUCUGCUCCCGACACUUCGAGCCGUACUGCUUCACGCUGGGCGACGGCGACCGGCUGGUGCUGACCAAGGAUGCAGUGCCGACCGUGCUGCCCGUCACCGUGAGGGACGAGGAGCUGCCCGUCCCGUCAGAGGAGGACUUCCUGCAGUCCACCACUCUGGACGACCUCCUCUCCACGGCUGCCGCCGCCGCGGAAACCAUCAGCUCGUCCGACCUGCCCUUCGAUUCCACCGACGCCCCCGCGGGGCUGCACGAGCACCAGUACUCCCUCCCCGAGUCCGGCGAGGUGGAGGACGUGAGCCUGAGGAAGAGGAAGACCACCAUCGAGCCCACCUUCACUGUCUACAACCAAAUCGCCAGGUACCUGAGCCACAGAGUUUUACCUGUCCACGGCAAGAAGAGCAGCGGCGCCUUCAAGAGGAUGGCCAAACGCUUCGGCCUUGUCGAUGGAGUCCUGAUGUACACUCGAGUCACUCCUGCACUCAGAGUGCCGCGCAGCAAAGAGGAGGUGAACUCGAUCCUGCAGCAGUUCCACAACAACCAGGGCCACAACGGGCAGAGCAUGUGCCAGAGGGAGAUCAGCAAGCACUUCUACUGGGGCAGCAUGACCCGCGACCUGUCCCGCUGGAUCUCCAGCUGCCACACCUGCGUCCACCGCACCAAGAGGAAGUGGCUGCGCUGCAGCGUCUACAACUGCACCAACUGCUGCGGCCCGGUGGAGCGAGGCCUCGGCCUCACCUUCCACAAUUUCCCGCUGAACAACACCGCCCUGCUGGCCCAGUGGCUGAAGGCCGUCGGCCGCUCCCACUGGCACCCCCGCCUCCGCUCGUCCAUCUGCUCCACCCACUUCACCGAUGACUGCUUCGACCGCAGCGGGGACAAGGUGGUGCUCCGCCCGGACGCCGUGCCCACGCUGGUCGUCCACACCGAGUCGUCCACGGUGCAGUCGGUCCAGCCUCCACCCGGGGAAGAGGUUUAUUUUGCCAAGUACGACGCGGUGGAGCUUUACCUGACCAGCCGAACGUAUCCUCCAGGCCUGAGCUACGUGGAGAAAAACACCUUCAGGAGGUUCUGCAAGAAAUUUGCCAUCAAAGACGGCGUGCUCCACAUGGUGAGGGGCGACCGGCUGCGUCUGGUGCUGAGGAGCCGGCAGCAGGUGGAGUCGGCGCUGACGGAUUACCACGACGAGCUCAACCACCUCGACGUCAACAAGUGCCUGCGGCUGCUCAACGAGAGGUACUUCUGGAAGACCAUGAGGCCCGACGUGGCGCAGUGGAUCAACAACUGCUCGCACUGCAGCAUGAAGAAGGGCAAGAAGCCGGAGAAGCGGGCGGAGGCGGGCGAGUGCGAGGCGGCGCUGCAGACGCUGAUGUCUCCGCUCCACGACUCCGACAGCCUCCAGGACGACUCUGACGACUGUUACGCCGACGACGGAGACGCUGCCGAGCGCCCGGCUGCCAACCUGUUCAAAACGGUGGUCAAACACUCGACGCCGUUUCCUUCCAAGGCGGCCUCCUCCCACGCGGCGCGGCCUCCGUUCCCCAUCGUCCUGCGCCUGACGGCGCCCGUCGUCGCUCAGCCCAACGCCUCCGUGGUUCUCCAGCAGCAGCCCUCCAACAGCCCGCCCGCCGCCAGGGCCCGGGCCAACAGGACCAGGCCCGGGACCGGGACCAGGACGGCCACGCCUCAGCAGACCGGCGGUGGACCGGCGGAGGAGGCGGAGCCUCAGCUGGAGGAGGGGCCGGCGCCGCCCGCCAGUCAGACUGAGUCGAGCGGCUGUGAGAGCAGCGCCGGAACCGACGGUGGGAAAACCCCUCCGACGGAGCCGCCGCCGUCUCAGCCCGCCAGUCCCAGCGGCGAGCCGAGGAGCCAGAGGACCAAAGUCUGUCCGGCCAAGAGGACGAAGGAUCCAGACGCCGGUCCUGCCGCCAAGAGGAGCGCCAGCGGCGGUCUGGAGCCCGUGGUGGCCCCCAGCACCAAACCCUGGCCCGUCUUCACCAUCGCCGGCCCCGCACAGGUGCAGAUCGUCAAACAGUCUCCUGAGGCCGACAGCAGCCUGGCUGUGUCCCGGAGGUCCAGGAAGCUCCAGGCCCGGGUCGUGGUCCAGCAGUGCAGUCAAGCCAAGGUGAAGACCAGACCGGGUCUGGACGGAGCCGAGGCCCAGUGGGCCCAGAUCGAGGACGGGAUGGUCGUCUACGUUUGCUUCUUUCACGGAGCUGCUGAAAACGUUGUUUAUGAAAUCGCCAACAGUCUGAUGACCACCAAGCUGUUCCGUCGAGACUCGCGCCACCUGGUGUCGGUUCUGGACCGGCCCGGCAGCGUCCUGCUGGUCCCCCAGGACUCUCUGAUCGGGGAGGCGCUGCCGGGCCGCCGGCUGCGCUUCAGGGACAGCUGCGAGCUGUGGUGGGGCGCCCAGCUCUUCUCCGGCCUGGCGUCCGCCUGCAGGGAGCUCAUGGCCGGGUCGGCCCGGUGCGCCAAGGGCGGCGUGAGGGUGGAGCAGGGCGUGUACGGCCAGAAGCAGGAGAUCGUCCUGAGCUCCGCCGAGCCACAGACGCUGCUGCUGGAGUUCUGAGAUUCUCUGGGCUUCGGACUCAGAUUUCACCACAGAUUCUAGCAGGUAUAUUAAAGAUAACCGAUAGACACACACCGAAGACCAGGAAAUGUAGACACAGAUCGGGGCUGCAGGUUUUAUGUUCCUUUAAUCACUUCUGCCAAACGUCUUUAUUAUGGCUGCAAUACCAUCACUGACCACCAGGGGGACGGGACUCCUUAUCGGCUGAGGUGAAUUUGGAGAUGGUGUUGAGAUUUUACUUACACUCGAUCACUGGAAGACUGUUCAGUCCCUUUGUUUAUUUUUUCGCGGACGUUCUGGGUAAUGCCACUCUUGUGCUCUAGGUGGCAGCAGUGAGUCGGUGCAGUUUGUGUUUCUUUGUCUUGAAGUUCCUCUCUCUGGUCGGUUGGUAGAGCUGCAGCCUCGGUUGUGUUAACGAUUCAGUCUGCAGGUCAGAUGAGGCGCUGCGGUUAAACACACACGGCGGGCUGUGGCUAGCUGUUAGCACUCUAGCUGUUAGCACUUUCGCUUUCACACAGUUACAGGACAACGCAAAGAAACCAACACAAUCAGAAUGUGAAUGUUGUUUCCUCCAACUUAGUUUUGAAAGUAUAAAAUAAAAAAACUACAAACUGCACCUUUCAAAAGAAUUCUGUUUCUCUAUUUAAAGUUGGAAAUGUUCCUUCAUGGAAAUAAUUUGGCGUCAGCACAGAGAAUGUCUUCAUGGAACAGCUUCGUUUUAAUGUCUGAACUUCUCUUUAAAAUCUCUUCUUGUUUGCAAGGUUGUACAGCUGUCCUGCAGGUGAGAGGAGUGUAACAAGAGACAAAACACGUUCAAUCCCAAAAGAGAAAACGCAGAACAACGAUGAGACAUGAUGGAUUUUAAUCAGGAUUCAUUUCACCUUCCAAUUUCUUACUUCAACUCCAGAAACACCAUGUAAAUUUGUCUCUGAUAAAGGAAUCAGAUCCAGCCGUGACCUUCCUGAUAAAAUUCACAGGACUUCAUUGAUUUCAUUGAUAAAGUUCAUGAGAACAGUGACGACACGUCGGCGGAAAACUGAAGACUUUAAAAGGUUUGAUUCAUUAAAAACACUUUCCUGGAGUUUCUCUACUUCUGAGGACUUUAGCCUCUCAGCCAAUCAGGACCAUAUGGGGGCGGGACUAAGGCUGCUGUGGAGAAGCACAUUUACAAGGCUAAUAAUGAGAAACGUUUUUUUCUGACCAAAUCUUUUUUUUUUCUUCCUUUUAAUGAAGACACUGAUCAGUUAUUCUAAAAACAGCUGUUGACGUUUAGAAAAACAUGAAUCCAAACAUGCUGGAUUCUCAGAUUUUCCCUCAAUCGGCUGGUUAAAGACCCACAGCUUCCCGCCUCCCUGAUAUGAAGUCAUGACUGAUGGACAUUACAACAUUUUAAAAGUCAGACCGCCACAUCUUUACAGACCUUUUCUGAAAAAUGUCCGGUCUUAAGUCUGAAGCAGGGAUGAUGGCAGUAUUUAUGACGGCGGUUCAAUAAGAUAAACCAUUUUUAAAAUUCUUUAAAACGUUAACUGCCAAAGCAUAAUUGAACAUUGCUGUUUCAAACAUAUUUUUUUCCUUUUGCUUUAAUUGUAACAUAACAUCCUUAGUUAUUAACAGAGCAUCGAGUCGAGCAGUUCAUUCAUUGCUCAGUGCAGAACCCAACACCCUGUAAUCCACAUUAUUUUUCAACAGUUUCCUCUUUUUCCUCAAAAACCAGUGAGCCAUGUGGCUUUUCAAUAUAAUACAAUCUGCUUCGCUGCCUGAUAAAGGAUGAAAAUCAGACAAAUAUCAUGAUCGAAAUGUAAAACUAUCCUAAUUUUACAGAUCAAUUCAUCCUAAAUAAACUGUACCUGCAUUUACUUUAUUAUUGUCAGACGUAAACAAGAGGAGCGCUCGGACAGUGAAGGGUUAAAAGGUCAUUUUGUACUUGAGUAU